AUGACGACAAACACCUCCCCCCACAUACCCUACAUAAAGCAAUGCCUCUCCCUAGCGGAGAAAUCACCCCCAAGACCGACCAACUUCCGAGUUGGCGCAGUCCUGCUAUCCCGCAAAGACAACGACCCCACCUUCACAGACGACCGGAUCCUCUCAACGGGGUACACAAUGGAGCUCGCGGGCAACACACACGCAGAGCAAUGCUGCUUCGCCAACUACGCCGCAGUGCACAAAGUCCCCGACGACCAAGUCGGCGAAGUCCUCCCCGUCGAGCCCGGCCGCAAACUCGUCAUGUACGUCACGAUGGAGCCAUGCGGGAAGCGGCUGUCUGGGAAUGCGCCGUGUGUGCAGCGCAUCACGCGGACGACGGAGGGCGGGCGAGAGGGAAUUCAUAAGGUUUAUUUUGGGGUUAAGGAGCCUGGCACAUUUGUUGGCGAGUCUGAGGGGUGUCGGAUGUUGACUCAGGCGGGCAUUGAGUGGGAGCACGUUGGUGGGUUGGAGAAGGAGAUCUUGACUGUUGCUUUUGCGGGGCAUGAGAAUGCGGAGGAGGAGGUUAGAGCUGCAUUGGGGAAGAAGGAGACUAAUGUUGAUGAUGUUAGUGCCGAGGAGAGGAGGAGGCAGGAGGCGAUGCCAAGGAAUCCGAUGAAGAGGAUGAUGGAGGGGGAUGAGCAUAUCUAUCUAUAG